UGCUCGUACUUAUUACUGGUUGCUUUAUGAUGGUGUCUCAAAGUUCCUGACACACUGGCGGAGACCGCCCUCCCCACCGCUCUCCUAAUAUGCUAUUGGCUUUUCCUUCCCUCCUCCAGGAUAAUGGUCGUCUGUGAUUGGCUCUUCCCGUGCCAAUCAUCAGUGAGACUAUGGGCGAGGACGAGGGCAAAGUUCGCCGGAGUUAUCGGCUGUCAAGGAAACUCACUUCUCACGCAACGGUUCGGGUCUUCUCACGUAGCCCACCAGUGUGCAGGAUGAGCAGCAGCCACCAGUCCCUGCAUUUCCUCAGUCUUCCUGACCCAAAGCAGCUGGUCUGCGUCACCCUGACUCUGCAGGAUGAGGGCGAGGAGCUGAGGAGCAAACAGAUCAGGACCUGCAGGGAGCUGGUUCUGCUGUUCUCUGAUCUUCUCGCUGCUCCUGCUCUGGACUCCUUUGCUGAUAUCACAGUGGUCAUAGCUACCUCCUUCUUACAGAACGGCAUCCUCCAGGUGUUUGGACACAGACACCGUCUGCAGCUGGGCUCUCCUCAGUCUGUGCUUCCAGGGGACCUCCAGCGUUGCCUGUCCUACUCUCUAAUCAGCAGACUGUCCCCCAGCUGGAACAAAGUCGGUCUCUUCCUCGUCUCAGGAAAAGACUUCCUGACUGAGAGCGGGAGGCUCAACGCUGUCAGCGUGGAGCUGAGUGUCACUGAGGCCCACAUGUGUUUCAGCAUUGAGGCCAGCGCUGUCCGACUGCCCCUGACCACCCUGGGGGACUUCGACCUGCCCCCGCUCGUGCUCCAGAGGUUAUGCAGUGACCGUGACUUCGUCGUCGACCUGGCCUCCACCGCAGGAGCCGUGUGGUGUCACGUCCUGCCCAGGUACGAUGACGCCACCUGCUGGACAAACUCAGGCAGCACCGAACAGCCGCUGCUCAUCACUGUAAAGAUUUGGAUGAAAUGUGACCUCAUUAAACUCCUGCUCUUCAAAGAUAGUAUCACAGAACCGUGCACAGACGUUUACAUCAUCGUUUCUGGGUCAAAACCAGAGGGUAAGGGAACAUUUGUGAAGACAUCCUUCAUGUCGUCAGAGAGGUCGUCACGCUGGUGA